CAAAACGCCAAUUGACAUACCGUCAUCCUUCUUAUUUCCGCCCAUCUCACACAAAACAAAAGUGGCGACAAUGCCCAAGACCGCGGCGCAAUGUGAGACGCGGGCGGGGUCGUCGUCUCAAACUCGACAGGGGUCUUCCUCGCGCAAGGGGGAGGUCAACCCUGUCCGAGAAAAGAGAGAUGCAGGAGGGGUCGCAGAGGAACAGGAAGAGGAGAAGGGGAGACUUGAGCCAAGCCCGGUGUUUACUGGGCAUCAGAUGUUCUAUCUGUUCUUCUUGGAUGGGAUUGGGGCCAUGAUCCUUUCGGGCGGUGUCAAUUUUGCCCUAGCGUAUGUCAUGUACACGACGCAGGAUACAACAAAGAAUCCUAUCCGACUCUUUCAACUACCAAACACCCUUGCAGGUGACGCAGCGGUAACAAUCAUCAUCCAAUGCAUCCUCACCUGGUUCGUCGAGAUGGGCCUCGUAAGCUACGACCUAUCAAACCGAUCAGUCCAACCCAUCGGUUUCAUCCCUGAACCAUCAAGUCCCUGGCUAAGAUGGCUCUUCUACCUCUCCCCUCUAUCAAAGUCUAAAGACAUACCUAAGGAUAAACCCAAGUCUAAAAUUGGCUCGGUGUUGAGUUCCAUAGUUCAGCAAGCGCUUAGGGGCUUCAUGCUUGCCGUCUUGGGCUUUCUCCUUCUCUGGGGUCCUAGUAUCGGUUUGCUGACCGUUUUUGGUGUCCGCUCCGGCGGUGACUAUCUUUAUCAAGAUCGGUGGGUGCCGCAAGCCUUCAAGGGAAUUCUUGGGGGCGUGCUAGGCUUGCUUACGACACCUCCGAUGGCAGCUUUUUGGCUGAUGAAGGCUGGGUGGGAGGGUAAUAAGGAACGCACCGAAGCGAGAGCUUCUAGACGGAGCCGAUACACAAACACGGUAUGAUAUCUUCCGUCUUGGAGAUCACGGCGGUGAACAAGUGGCUUGCAUCCUUGGCGUUGGUUGGUGGUCCUUUGAUGGAUGACAGCUAUCACAUCGGGGCGGCUUCAUGAUUCAAAGGGGGGUUCUUUUCGUUGCAUAGAAGCGAGGCACACAUGAUUACGAUCCACGCAUUUUAAUGGUCGUUGAAGAGGAGGUGUUUCCCAUGACAUUCAAGAUCAUGACCACAAAAGCAUUUACAUAGAAGGGCUUUAGGCCAGUAGAUUUACGAGCUUAUGAUUAUUUAAUAAUAGAAAUACAUUCUUC